GGUGUGGCUGCUCGGAGCAGAGGAAGGCGACGGCAGCGCUGCAGGUUUAGCUCUUGGUCUUGGUCUUGGUCUAACGUCUGAGGAGUUCUGCUGGACCUGAGGAGCUGCCUGGUCUCUACACAGCUCUGCUUGUUUGCCCCGAGCAGCAGCUCCAUGCAGAGCUUUCCUCACCACGUGGUCCCCAUGGACCCUCAGGUGGUCCCACCGGCCGCCAACAGCAGCCAGUCAGUGGCCAGCUUCCUGGAGAAGUCCCCGACCAGCACCUUCAAACCCGGCCACUCGCGCAACAGCAGCACCGGCUCGUCCAAGCACUCCAAACAGGCUCGUAACUGGGAGGUGAUGGGUGACCUGGAAAACCUGGACAGCACUUCUGUCCCGGGUUCCUCCGUGGACCUCAGUAUCCCGGGGAUGUGCGAAGGCUACCUGAUGAAGAGGAGGAAGUACCCACUCAAAGGCUGGCACAAGAGGUACUUCCUGGUGGAGAGGGGGAUUCUCAAGUACUCAAAGACGCAGCAAGACAUCCAGAGAGGGAAGCUCCACGGCUCCAUGGACGUCAGUCUGGCGGUCAUGUCCGUCAACAGGAAGUCCAAAAGCAUAGACCUGGACGCCGGGGACAACCUCUACCACCUGAAGGCGAAGAGCAGCGACAUCUUCCAGAUCUGGCUGACCAAGCUGUCCGCCCACCGCGUCUUCAGGAAGAAUGAGGCGAUGAGUGUCCAUCAUGGCGUCCUCCACGCUCUCUCGCUGGGCCAGAACAGCAUGCCGGGUGUGGCCCCGAACAACAGACCCGCUCCUGCUCACUACGCCAGCUCAGCAUCCAUAUACCACCCAGAGCCGGCGGGCCCAGACGCCGUCCCCUCUCACCCGGCCGUGGCCCGCAAGGUGUCGGCCUGGCUGCAGCAGACCCACGAGAUCGACAGCACGUCCAAUGAGCUGGCUCGCUGUCAGACGGAGCUGACGGAACUGGCUCAGCUCAUCCAGAAACUCACCUGGCUGGAGGGAGGCCUGCCCAUCACCAACACUGACCUGGAGAGGAGGAUCAGCAUGCAGAAUCUGACCCUGGAGAAACCCAAGAAGAAGUCAGGGAAGAUGGUGGGUCACUCCAGGACGCUGUCCCGUGUGGAGGCCAUGGGAGGAAUGUUCACGUCCAGCCACCUGAGUACCAACAGUGUUUCCGGCAUGGCUCCGUCGGUGCAGUCCAUCCCCGGCUACGUGUACUCGCAGCUGUCCAACCCUCAGGUGACCCCGCCGGAGGCCAAGAAGCUGCACCAGGAGAUCUGCACCGUCUCUCAGAGAGUCCACUCCUCGCUGAAGUCCAUCCAUGACGUUCUGUCUCUGGAGAGGGAGAGACUGGGACAGGCCUGGACUGGACCGGACCUGAGGCAGAACACCUCCCACCAGCUGGCUACGCUUUGCACCACUAUGUCAGAGCUUGACGUACAGUCCCAUCUGACCAAAGUCCACUCGCUUUCCUUGUCUUCUGACUCUACUGAAGAAUCCUUCCACACCGUCCGUCAGGACCAGAGGACGCCCUCCGCGGGCCGGCACAUUCACCGCACCCCGUCGGUAGCAGAAUCGAUGGCGGAGUACUUCGACGCCAGCGAGGUGAUCAUCUGCGAGACCUCGUCUGAGGCGGACGCGUCGGACGAGUCGGGGCUGAGCGACAUCACCACCACCAGCACCUCGGAGCCCGAGGAAGGCCACUCUGCCGCCACCGUCAACUACCGGGCCAGUCUGAAGAGCGCCGCCGACAAACCCAUUCUGGUUCCUGCCGACACGGGCCGUCGGACGAUCCUCCCCGCCGGCUCCACGGACAACAGCCACGUUGGCAUCAUGACCAUCCUGUACAACAACAUCGGGAAGGACCUGUCCCGGGUGUCCAUGCCCGUCCUGCUCAACGAGCCGCUGUCUCUGCUGCAGAGACUCAGCGAGGAGCUGGAGUACUCGGACCUGCUGGACAUCGCCAACCACAUCGAUGAUCCUUACGAGAGGAUGAUUUACGUGGCUGCCUUCUCCAUCUCUGGUUAUGCCUGGGCCACCUGGAGAUAUCGCUACAAGCCGUUCAACCCCGUCCUGGGAGAGACCUACGAGAACCACAGAGAAGACCGGGGAUUUCAUUACGUCAGUGAGCAGGUCUGCCACCACCCGCCCGUCUCCGCCUGCUACGCAGAGUCUGAAAACUUCUCCUAUUGGCAAGAUCAGAGGUGGAAGAACAAGUUCUGGGGGAAGUCGGUGGAGAUCCUCUCGUCAGGGAUGGUGAAUGUGGCCCUCCCUAAAUCUGGUGACCACUAUGAGUGGAACAAGGCGGUGACCUGCAUCCACAACGUGCUGAGUCAGCAGCGCUGGUUGGAGCACUACGGCGAGGUCGUCAUCAGAAACACCAAGAGCGACGCGUGCACCUGCAAAAUCACCUUCGUCAAGUCUCGCUACUGGAGCUCGGACAACAGCAAGAACGAGGUGCAGGGUGUGGUUCUGGACCGGGCCGGGGAGGUGGUCCAUCGCUUCGGAGGCCUCUGGCACGAAGGCAUCUUCUGCGACACGCUGCCCACGCCCAAGUGCAUCUGGAAACCUAAUGGUGUUCCUGACGACAACUUCAAGUUCUACGGUUUCUCGCGUUACGCCCGAGAGCUGAACGAACUGACGCCGGACCUGAAGGACGUCCUCCCUCCCACGGACACGCGGUUCAGGCCGGACCAGAGGCUCCUGGAGGAGGGGAAGGUGGUGGAGGCCGACAAGAAGAAGGAUGAGGUGGAAGAGAAGCAGAGGGAUCGGAGGAAGGAGAUGGCCAAGAAAGGAGAGCUGCACGUCCCCAGAUUUUUCACUAAAUCUGUGGACGAUGCCGGCAGGGAGGUGUGGCAGUACAACGGCUCGUACUGGCCGCUCCGCAGCGACCCCGGGUUCUCCCAAACCGAGAACCUGCACUUGUGGUAGACACCUGAACGCCGGCUGCACCUGGUCACACGAUGAAGAGGGUUACAGGGCUAUACUGGUGCACAUAAACACUUCUGAGCGUGUGGGGUGAGAGGUUUCUACAAGCACAAAUGACCCCCGCGUUUUCCUGUCGGGAGGUCCUUAGUUCAGAGGUGAGGUGCCGUACUUGAGCAAAUGAAGACUGACUUCUACGAGCCUGAUGAUUUUUUGCCUUCGGCCUGAUUUUUAUAUACUCAAGAAGUGAACUGUUAAACUGUUCCAGCUGCCACAACUGAACUCGGUCUGCAUGAAUCAUGUUGGUGUGAUGAUUGACAGUUGGAUGACAUGUUGCGCUCUAACAUUUUAACACUUAUUUUAGUCUACGGUUGUUGGACAGGUUGUUUUUAGCUCCUUCCUGUGCUGGAAGGAGGAGGGUUUAAAUGGUGAACUGGUGUUGUCCUGCUCUCUCCGUAGGUAUAACUCGUUAUGUGUGUAUCAUCUAUGGUUGUGCUGCCGCCGGUUAAUGUCCUGCUUCUGACUCCACUGAGCUGAAAGAGCAGAAUUUUUUGAACUCUUGGCUCUCAGAUGCAGUUGUUUUAUUCAUGUUGGAUGAUUUACAAAAGAGAGAAACUGCUGUUAAAGCUCUUUUGCCCAAAUAAAAAGUUGAAUUAU